AUGUCAGAUCCCAACUUUUGUCCUUCACAUAACAACUUUGAAGAACAACACGAAGAAGACCUAAGCGACAUUCCAUUAUCUGAUUUGAUGGAACUGAAAACACAAUGUCUCGAAGCAAAAGCCGCCUCUGAAAACAAGAGUAACAAACCACUUGUGCUAGUGAUCGGUCCAACAGGAGCAGGUAAAUCGGUGAUUACCAAUUUUCUCGCUGGUAAAAAGAUGAGAUAUGAACAAAUUGAUCAACAAAUGGUGGUUUGUGUGGAUGGAGAGGCAGUGACUCCAAUCGGCCAUUCACUUCAAUCAGAGACUCAAUUUUCGACCUUUGUUGACGUGGAUGCCAAUGUGGAAUAUGUGUUAGUGGAUUGUGCUGGAUUUUUUGACAAUAGAGGUGACAUGGAACAGUUGAUGGCUACUCUGAGUUUGAGAUUGAGCAUUCUGAAUUCCCCUGUGAAAGGUGUCAUUGUGGUCAUGGAUGCAGCUUAUUUUACCUCGAGAGACACCAAGUUACUAGAGACUUCUCAAAUUAUUGGAAAAUUGCUUCCAAACAUUGAAAAACUUCAGUCAUCCAUUGUAUACCUGAUCAAUGACAAGACCAACAAUUAUGCAAUCAACAAGACCGUUAUUUCAGAUCAAAUUGGAAAACAUCUCGAGAAUGCCAUGUCCAGAUGGAACAAGUUAUUUAACAGUACUUUCAACAAACUUUCACAAUGGCGUAAGGGAGGAGACAAUGCUUCAAAAUCAAGCGCUGAUGAUGAGAAAGAUCGCUUGACCUUUCUUCAAUCUAUGCAUGAUCAAAUCCAUAAUUUAUUUGUCGUUCGAUUUGACGAAACAUGUCUCCAAGAAAUAACAGAAGCCAUUAACAGAAUGCCAGGAAUUGACAAAUCUUUCUUCUCGUUGGAUGACUAUGAUGACAAGUGGAAUCAGCUCAAGGAAUUAUUUCUGCAAAUUACGGCCAAUGCUUGUCUUGUUUAUGAGAAUGUCAGUGCCACGCAUGCUUUGACUGAAAAAUAUCAAGACGAUGCCAAGCACUAUCAAGAUCGAAUCAAGAUAUAUGAAAAACGAUUGAAUGAAAUUGGAAACAGUGGAACGUUAGAGAGAGACGAUUCCCAAGCUGUAGAUCGAGUAUUAAACCAAAUUAUCGAAGAGAUCAAACAAAAUACAAACCGGUUGACAAGCUUUGGCACUGAAUUGAAUCAACAAAAAGAAACAUUGAACCGGUUGGAGAAGCAGAUGAAGGAUUUGGAGAGCCCAGAACUAGUACAGGUUUUCUCCAAAACCAUCAGUGAAGAAAGAAUGAAAUUUUGGGGAUGGUUGAGUUAUACAGAUGUAAAUAUCACAUUUAAACUAAGUAAUUGCCCUCUUGUGGUUGCAAAAGAAGACUUUGAUUCAAACACAAGUCGUUUGGAUGAGAGAAAUGGUCACUGUGUUUCAUCUGGUUGCUAUGACAAGAGAUAUGUCUCAAAAUUUGGCAAUGAUGGUCUUUGUGAAAUUGUGUUAAAGGCUCAGAAAAAUCAAAUUCCAGACAAUAAGGCCUUGUACGAGACCACCAAGCAACAACGUACUCAUGUAUUGAAGGAGGUUGAGCGACUUGAAGGAAAUAUCCGUGAGUUAACAAGUGACAAUGAACGUUUGAAACAAGAGGAAAAUGGAAUUAGUUUAGGAAAGCAAGGAAUCGCUCAAAAGAAAAAGCAAAUGGCGGAUGAGAAGAGAAAUUUGCAAUCUGUAAUUAAUCAAUUCAAAAACAGUAGUAAUGAUUUGAAAGAGAAAAUUACCAAGUUAACCAAACAAAUGGAAAGUUAUGAAGAAAAAAUUACAUGUCGUCAAGCCAUUUAUUCUGCCUUGUUUGACAUUUUGGAGCUUUUGGGUCUCCAAAAUAAGUUCACAGAAGAAUUUAAAAAACAUUACAAGAAUUACUCAGAGAAACAAUGGGCAUUGGGAAAUGACGACUCUUCAGAGAAUCGAGAUUCAGAGAUUUUGGAACAUUUGUAUUGUCCAAUUUCAUUUGAACUCAUGAUUGAUCCAGUGGUACUUCCUUGUUGUAAAAAGACGAUUGAUAGAGAUUCUAUUUUCAGAGCCGUAGACACCUCAAGAAAGCAGCAAUGUCCUCUGUGUCGACAAGAGUUGACAUUUGACAGUCUUCAAUCUAAUUCAACUGUCAGAGACAUGGUCGAACACCAUCAAACCACUCAUUUCAUCCACAAAAUUUCUCAAACCUUCUUAAACUCACAACCAUUAGAAGCGCUACAAAUCAAAGCAGAAGAAACUGAAAAUCAAAUUCAACAACUGGAAGCACAACUUACCACGAAACGUGAAGUUUUAGAGAAGAUACGCUUCGCUCUAGCAAGCAGAACAAAUAACCAUUGA